GUGCGUACAAAGUAACAUGCUUGCAAUGUACGUAUGCAUCCUGUGACGAAAGCAAGUUGGCAGAUUGAGGUGUGUCGACCUUGACUCUUCAUCCUGAUUCAACAGCAACCUGAUUCCCCCGCCCUUUUCCCCUUGUUAGGCAACAGCGAUGAUGGGAAAUGAAAACAAACAAAUAAAUAACAAGGACGAUGACGAUGACAAAUUGACAACAAUCUCACCCUGCCGUCACUCUGUGCCAAACAGCGUACUCGGAACAAGGAAAAUAGCUGUACAGGUCUGCAGCACUACCUAUUGCCGAGAGGGAAUCCACGCAUUGGACACUCUCAGGUCCCCAAUUGCAGGGUCUCGUGCUCAGUCUCAGUACCUAGUGUGUCCCCUGACGUCUCCUUCCAAUGUAUUACUUACCCCCUCUCUCUCCUCUCGCGCCACACGCCGCCCAACUUCCCAAACUCCGAGGGCACACGCACGACACGCACACACACACAUACAACGCACACAACACACAUAUACACAUACACACGCGCAGAUACCCGCCCAGCCUACAUCCGCACCCGACGGUUCACAAACAAACACAACACACAUAUCUGCUACUUCAGCCAAUACUACAGCCACUACACUACCUACACACAUAGUGUAGGUACGGUAAAUACUCUGUCCGCACAAAUAAACCAAGUCGGGGACAGGCUGAUCCCCCCCCCCGACUCGACAACGCUAGCAGCGAGUCAACGAUUGAUUGGGCCACAGGUUG